UCUGAGCGGCUCCGGUGUGCGCGGGCGGGCCGCCGGGCGUGUCUCCUCUCGGCACGACGGGGGAUUCAGGUUUUUCCAGUCGGCUGCAAACUGGUUUCUUCACCCGCGCGGCAGCUCCGAGCCCCGCUUCAGUCCGAGCAGCAGCAGCAGAAGCAGAAGCAGCAGAAGAAGCAGCAGCAGGAUCAGCAUCAUGAUGGACUCCAACACUGCCGGCAUGGGGAUCCUCCCGAACGGGAUCGGAAUAUGCACCACGAUCCCCGACAUCCUCUACCUGCCCGAACUGGUCUUCGGAGGUCUGGUCUGGAUCCUGGUGGCGGCCACGCUGGUGGUGCCGCACAACCCUCAGGCCUGGGUCAUGUUCGUCUCCAUCUUCUGCUUCAUCGUGACUUUCAUCUGGUUGGUGGUGUUCGCCUGCGGAAUGCAUCACAACAAACGCCACUGGGCCGCAGCAGACCUCGCCUAUCACGGCAUCGCGGCCUUCCUCUACCUCAGUGCUGCGGUGUCUUUGGCCAAAGUGACCCUGGAGAUGAACGACGGGACCAACUCCCUGAACUACAAGCUGGACAUUGCCGCAGUGGUCUUCUCGUACAUGGCGACGCUCCUCUACUUCGUCCACACCAUCCUGUCCGCCAUGCGAUGGAAAUCCUUCUAGCGGUCUCUGAACCAGAACACAAGAUCUCUAUACACCUCCGAACUUGUACAUAAAGCUGCGGCAUGAGGUGCCGCCGGUGAUGGAGACUCGCUGCUUAGGGUUAUUUUGGUAUUUAUUUCCCACUGCUGGGAAAGAGGAAGCUGUGAAGCAACAUCUGGAUCGCCACAGCGCCUCCCAGUGGCCGGCCGUCUGAAGCAGGAGGGGUUUCGGGGAUCAAAAGGGAUGAAGAUGAAGAGUCCGACCACCCAGAUCCAAACAAACGCUCAAGCAUUUAUUCCAAAUGUUCAACUGCAGCCAGAAAUAUGACGAACAAGACGAAUCAACGAAGACUAAAAAGUGAUCAAACAGGUUUUUUUUUACUCCUGAGAGGUUUCUGAGGGUUCUUAUUAUUUUGUCCACACUCAUGCACACUCUGCCUAUAUCUACGGUGUCUCUUUUGUUAUGUUUGUUUCCUAUAGCCUAGUUUGAUAUUCUUGUUUUGCUCUCAUCUGAUUAAAGAACAAUUUCGACGUAGCUGAUUUUAUAUUUUUAUAAGUUUCUUAUCAAGAUUUAAUUAAAUGUGAAUCAGAACAAGGACGUAAAUUCAGAUGUUGUAAUGUAAGC